AUGACUUCACAAGCUUCAGCAGAGCACCAAUGGUGGAAAGAAGCUGUGGUGUAUCAAAUAUACCCAGCGUCUUUCAAAUCCAGUGGAGGCAACACCUCGGGCUGGGGCGAUGUUCGCGGCAUUACCUCAAAAUUGGACUACUUGAAGGAUCUGGGUGUGGACGUUGUUUGGACGUCGCCCAUUUACAAGAGCCCUCAGGUCGAUAUGGGUUAUGAUAUUGCCGAUUACAAAGACAUUGAUCCGCGAUAUGGCACACUGGCUGACGUUGACGACCUCAUCGCCGGGCUGAAGCAGCGUGACAUGGAGUUGAUGAUGGACCUUGUGGUCAAUCACACGUCCGAUCAACAUCCUUGGUUUCUCGAUUCCAGGUCAUCAAGAACAAGCAAGAAGAGGGACUGGUACAUCUGGAAGGAUCCGCGUCACGAUACUGACGGCAAGCGACAGCCUCCCAAUAAUUGGGCUCAGAUUCUUGGUGAGGCAAACAGCGCUUGGACCUGGGACGCAGAGACCGAGCAGUACUAUCUCUCGCUUUUUACGCCGGAGCAGCCCGAUCUGAAUUGGGAGAAUCCCGAAGUUCGAGCUGCAGUCCACGAUGUUCUGCGCUUCUGGCUUGAGCGAGGUGCAUGUGGGUUCCGCAUGGAUGUCAUCAAUCUAAUAUCCAAAGUCCAAUCGUUUCCGGAUGCUGAUAUCUUCGACCCAAAGGCUGAUUUCCAGCCUGGCCACAAGUUCUACGCCAACGGGCCACGACUGCACGAGUAUCUGCGCGAGAUGAAUGAAAAGGUGCUUAGCAAGUACCACGCCAUCACUGUGGGGGAGAUGCCGUUUGUGAACGAUCAAGAUGAGAUUCUGAAAGUGGUUGGGCGUGAGCGCAACGAACUGAACAUGAUUUUCAUUUUCGAGGUGGUCGACAUAUCCAAUCUUCAAGGGGCACCGAGACUGACGCUCAGACCUUGGAAAGUCAAGGAGCUGCGAGAUAUCAUCUCGAAGUGGCAGAACGUCAUGCGGGAGAAAGGUGGUUGGAACAGUGUGUUCAUAUCGAACCACGACAAUCCUCGCCCGGUGUCGCAAUACACGGACGACUCCCAUCAAUACCGUGAACUCGGUGCAAAAUUAUUGUCCUUGAUGGAAACGACGCUAAGUGGUACGCUAUUUGUGUACCAGGGCGAAGAGCUCGGAAUGUGCAACGUGCCACCGGACUGGUCGCCCUCGGAAUACAAAGACAUUGAGUCUCAGAACUAUUGGAAGAAAAUGAACGAACUCUAUCCUGACGACGAGAAAAUGCUUCGCUAUGCGCGAGAGGUGCUGCAAAAGAAGGCGAGAGAUCACUCUCGCACACCUAUGCAGUGGAGCAACGAACCGAAUGCUGGUUUCUGCGACGAGAAUGUCACUCCCUGGAUGCGAGUCAACGACAACUUCCUGUCUUUGAACGCGCAAGACCAACUGAAGACGUCCGGAGAUCUCUCCGUUUUCCAGUUUUGGCAACGCGGACUGGAGAACAGGAAGAAGCAUAAGAACGUUUUCGUAUAUGGCUCUUUCGAAAGUCUGGAUGAACGAGACAAUGGAAUCUUCGCCUACAAACGAUCGGAUGGCACCGACGAGGGCUUCGUGGUCGUGCUCAAUUUCUCGAAGGAAACGAUAGACUGGGACAUCCCAAAAUCGGCCGCCGUUCACAAAUGGGUCACCAGCAACUAUGCAGGCGAUAUUCCCAGCAGCGUAAUCGGGUCUAUCACCCUGCGACCAUUUGAAUCGCUGCUCGGCACUGCUGCGCCGUAA